AUGAAGCAUAUCGUUGACUCUUUCUUCCAUCAAUUGUUCAGAGGACUGUUUCGAAUCACAAACCCAUUUACAAAGGUUUCGGAAGAAAAUUGGCAAUGUAUGGAAGAAUACUUUAAAGAAAUCUCCGUGUUUGGCGAUAUUCCUUUGAAGAUCGUCAAUCAAUUGAAAUUGCCGAUGACGAAUUCAAGGCAGUUUGUGGAAUCACUUGAAACAUUACACGAUAUUUUUGAUAAAUAUCUAAACAUAACACUUCGACCGGAAUGCGUAAAUGGUUUGGCAAGAAUGGAAACGUGUGCCGUUUGCAAUGGGAUUCGAGAGAAGCCGUGUGUCGGAUAUUGCACUAAUAUACUAACAGGAUGUACCCAUCAGAUAUUGGAAAGCGAGCAAGUAUGGCGGCUCACUGCAGAAACAUUAAUAAAAGUGUCGAAACAGUUAAAAUCGUCUCAAAAUUUUGUUAGAUCGUUCAAACCGGUGCCAAUUCUAGUAAGUGAGGCAAUUAUGCAUUUUCAAGAAAAUAGAGAUAUUAUAACAAACAAGAUGAUCAGUAAAUGUCUUUAUAUGGAUUUUGACAUUCAAUAUCGAUUGAAACGUUCAAUUGCAUCGAGCAAUUCUCUAAUGAAACCUCGGAAAUCCGAACAAUUACUUAUUUGGAAUCAAAUGUUCGAUGUUUUUAUUCAAAAGAUGGAGGGAUAUAAGAAUUUCUUUGGUUCGAUUCCUAGUGAACUUUGCGACUCUGGAAGUUGGGCGACACAAGACAAAAAUUGCUGGAAUGGAACAGAUGUUGGGGAGUAUAGGUUGCACGUGGCGAAUGUUUCGGAGCAAGCAAGAAAUCCCGAGUUUCAGUUGGAAAACUUUCUCAGUUUUAGAGGUGAAUACAUUGAAGAGCGUUUGCGAUUACAAUGGCUUCAAUCAAGACUGUCUCAUAUUUUAAGCUUCAAGACCGAAACAGACGAUGAGAUCACGACGCCCGCCUUCUCAGCAUCAUUUGUGGCGUAUGAUGACGAUGAUUAUGCCGACGAAUAUGAAGGCUCAGCAUAUCAUGAGGAUGCUCCUAAGCGGUUUUCAACAAUGAAGAGCCAAAUCGAUAUUAUCAUUGAGCCCUAUCCUAUGACCAUGUGCUCUUCAUGUGGUCACGUCAUAACCAGUGCCUUACAUUUUUUACUUUUUCUGUGCAUUUUUACAUAA